AUGGCUGAUAUACAUAUCAGAAUUUUGCGUAUGGCAGCUUUUACAUUAAAAGCUAAGAGUCUUCCUCUAAAUUGGCAUUGCAACUUGUUGGGUAUUGCUCUCUGUACUGUUGUUGCAUUCAAGAAUUGCGAUGUUUAUAGGGAUUCGUGGAUAUCAUGUGAAUGCUCAUUGAAAAGGAACAACGGUAUAAGCCAUAAGUUCAGUUGGCUGAUGAGCAGGAAUAGGAUGAUGGCUAGCAAGACUAGGGGAGUUGCAAAUUCUGAUCACAUGUUCCUGUUGUAUGACCACAGCAUCUUUGAGGAUUUUAUUAAAAAACAAGCAAACUUUUUGUCCUCUACUUGCAAUGCCACAUUUAGUUUCCACUCAAUUUGCGGUUGUUCAUACGUCACAAAGUGUGGGAUCAGCUUAUUAUAUGCCCAAGAUGCAGAGAGACUUGGUAUCCUUAGUCAAGAUGUCAUGGAACCACAAGUAGAACAUAAUAUAACUAAGAGAAGCCGGGAUGAGUUUGAAGCCGGUGGAGGUGUGAUUGUUAUAAGCUCUGAUGAGGAAGAAGAAGAUAAUCAACCAAAUCCUAAGAGAAUUUGA